UGGAUCCUAUAAGUAACGACAUCCCAGGAUCUUCUCCCUUUCCCAUUUUCCAAACAUUUUUUUUUUUUUUUUUAAAUUUGGUUUCAUUCAUUUGUAUUGGGCACUGCAGAGCAUCAGUGAGAGAAGAUGGUUCACCACUCUGGGUCUAUUCAGUGCUUUAGACAGCAUAAAGGUAUGUUUAAAAGUAAAAGUGGAACCGAUAAGGUUCAUCAAAUGAAGCCCUCAAGAAGGAGUAUGCCGUGCCUAGCCCAAAGCCAGACAGAUCCUCAGCAUCUCAACAAACACACUACAGUACAAAACCGGGUGCAGCCCCAGCCUGUUAGUGAAGGUGCAACAGAAAGUGACCUUGAACAGAACAGAGAUUCAACAAAGGAUACUUACACGGAUGAUUCCGAGCAUGGUGCCUAUGACAGCCGCACCGAUCAAUCUCUGCUUAUUCAGCAUAAACUCACCAGGCAAAAGCAAGGCUCUCGCAAGUCCCAGAAGUCUAAAGAAGAUUUGCUGAAUAAAGAGAAACACAUAUUUGAAAGAUUUCCAACAGCACCAGUUCAGGAUGAAGUGGGCACUGUUGCGUCACUGGGACUUUUCUUCAAAGAUGGAAUGAAGCGUAUUGAUUAUAUCCUGGUGUAUAAAAAAUCAAGCGCACAACUUGAAAAACGCAGCACCUUUGAGAAGAACCUCCGGGCUGAAGGCCUAAUGCUGGAAAGAGAACAUGCAAUAACCAACAAUGACAUCAUGUUCGUGAAAAUACACUGUCCGUGGGACACGCUGUGCAAAUAUGCAGAACGGAUGAACAUCAGAAUGCCCUUUAGGAAAAAAUGUUAUUACACUGACUGGAGGAGCAAAACAAUGGGCAGUUUGCAGAGGAACAUGAGGCAGCUUAAAAGCUGGCUACCCAGAAACCCAAUGAAGCUUGACAAAGAAGCCCUUCCAGACCUCGAAGAGACAGACUGCUACACAGCUCCCUUCAGCCGCGCACGGAUGCACCAUUUUACAAUAAACAACAAAGACACAUUCUUUAGCAACUCCACAAGAAGUCGGAUUGUGCACCAUGUUUUGCAAAGGACAAAAUAUGAAGAUGGGAAAUCAAAGAUGGGUAUCAGCAGACUGCUCAGCAAUGGCACAUAUGAAGCUGCUUUUCCACCACAUGAGGGAAGUUACAAAAGCAGGCACCCAAUCAAAACCCACGGGGCACAGAAUCACCGGCAUUUGCUUUAUGAACGUUGGGCGCGCUGGGGAAUGUGGUAUAAGUAUCAGCCGCUGGAUUUGAUCAGGAGGUAUUUUGGAGAGAAGAUUGGCCUUUACUUUGCAUGGUUGGGCUGGUACACUGGCAUGCUUAUCCCUGCCGCACUUGUAGGAUUGUUUGUGUUUCUCUAUGGAUUAUUUACCAUGGAUUCCAGCCAAGUAAGUAAAGAGAUUUGUGAAGCCAAUGAAACUAUCAUGUGCCCAAUGUGUGAAAAGAACUGCUCCCUCCAGCGGCUGAAUGAGAGCUGUAUAUAUGCAAAGGUGACGCAUCUGUUUGACAAUGGGGGCACGGUAUUUUUUGCGAUAUUUAUGGCCAUAUGGGCCACUGUGUUCCUUGAGUUUUGGAAGAGAAGAAGAGCUGUUUUGACAUACGACUGGGAUCUCAUUGACUGGGAAGAUGAAGAGGAAGAACUGCGUCCUCAGUUUGAAGCCAAAUACUCACAACUGGAACGAGUUAAUCCAAUCACUGGCAAGCCAGAGCCUUUCCAGCCUUUCAGUGACAAGCUCAGUAGGCUGAUGGUGUCUGUAUCAGGGAUAUUCUUUAUGAUAUCGCUGGUGCUAACGGCAGUGUUUGCCGUUGUUGUCUACCGUUUAGUUGCUAUGGAGCAGUUUGCAUCAUUUAACUGGCAUUUUAUUAAGAAGUACUGGCAGUUUGCGACAUCUGGCACUGGGGUUUGCAUAAACUUCAUGAUCAUCAUGUCACUCAAUGUUGUUUAUGAAAAAGUUGCAUAUCUUCUUACUAAUUUAGAGCACCCAAGAACGGACUCUGAAUGGGAAAACAGCUUUGCCUUGAAAAUGUUUCUUUUCCAAUUCGUAAACUUAAACAGUUCAAUAUUUUACAUUGCAUUUUUCCUGGGCAGAUUUGCAGGUCGGCCAGGGAAGUACAAUAGACUGUUUCAAAGAUGGAGACUGGAAGAGUGUCACCCUAGCGGAUGCCUCAUAGACCUGUGCUUACAAAUGGGAGUCAUAAUGGUAUUGAAGCAAAUGUGGAAUAACUUCAUGGAACUUGGAUACCCACUGUUGCAGAAUUGGUGGUCUCGGAGGAAGAUCAAGAAUAGUGGACAAAUGGUAGAAAAUAAAUUUACUUUGCCCCAGUGGGAAAAAGACUGGAACUUGCAGCCAAUGAAUGCACAUGGCCUUAUGGAAGAAUAUUUGGAAAUGGUUAUACAAUUUGGCUUCACUACAAUAUUUGUUGCUGCAUUCCCCUUGGCGCCACUCCUUGCUUUACUGAACAACAUCAUUGAGAUAAGACUAGAUGCCUACAAGUUUGUUACACAGUGGAGAAGACCCAUGCCAGCCCGGGCUACUGACAUUGGUAUCUGGUAUGGCAUCCUGGAAGGGAUUGGUGUCCUUGCCGUUAUCACCAAUGCAUUUGUUAUUGCUAUCACAUCUGACUAUAUCCCCCGGUUUGUCUACGCGUUUAAGUAUGGGCCGUGUUUAGAUGAAGGCUACCGUCAUGAAAAAUGCCUCCAAGGUUAUGUAAAUAGCAGUUUAUCUAUAUUUGAUCUAAAAGAGCUGGGACAGGGAUAUUCUGGAUACUGCAGAUACAGAGAUUACCGAGAGCCCCCUUGGAGUUCCAACCCCUACGAAUUCACUUUACAGUUCUGGCAUGUUCUCGCUGCACGCUUGGCUUUCAUUAUAGUUUUUGAGCACCUUGUAUUUGGAAUCAAAUCCUUCAUUGCCUACCUGAUCCCAGAUAUGCCCAAAGACUUGUGUGAUCGAAUGAGAAGAGAAAAGUACCUGGUCCAGGAGAUGAUGUAUGAAGCUGAGCUGGAGCAUUUACAGCGGGAGAGGAAAAAGAACGGGAAGCACUAUAACCAUGAAUGGCCUUAGCUGACAGCAAAAGAUUUGACUCUGCACAAACCAUGAUCUCAUUUUACAUAUACAGUAUAUAUAUAUAUAUAUAUAUAUAUAUAUAUAUAUAUAUAUAUAUAUAUAUAUAUAUAUAUAGAUAUAUAUAUAUAUUGUAUUUUUUUUGUAAACUGGAACAGAAGCCAGAAUGGACUGGUCCAUUUGUUGACCUUUAGGAAGAACCUCAAAGCAGAUACCUCGGGAUAGUAAAAAAAAAAAAAAAAAACAUGUCCUCUAAUACUUGUACCUGAAUCAAGGCAAUGCAUGAAGACCAUUUCAUUGGGGAAGACCACAUUGACUUGAAAGUGCUAUUUGCUUUGUGCUUUAUGGACAAGUCUGGAGAGUCCUGUUUGCAUUUUGCAGGCUGUGUACUGCCUGGAGCACGUGCAGCUCCUGCCAUCGAUAUCAGCAGCUUUUAAACACCAUGUUACCAUGCAAUGCAUGGAGAUACCAUUUCAACUUGGUUCCUUUCUGCUCACCGACUACCUAAGGUUUCUUAAUAUGGGGACAGGCUAAGAAGAUGUGACUUGGUAAAAUAUUAAAUUCACUACCCCUAUGUUGUAUUUACCUGGGUCUCCGGACCGGCACACUAUCCCCCCUUACGCUCAAUAGAUAAUAGUGAACGCUUAGGCAGUGGUUCCCUAACUAUAGGGCAGGCCCCCCAGGUGGACGAUGAACACUGACCUGAAUGCCUAUUAGAGCGAAAGUUGGGGGAAAAAGCUUUUUUGUUCUUCUUGAUGCACGGAAAAAAAAGAUUGAAGGUUUGAUGGUUUGUGGUGAAAAUGUAUUUGCUUUCCUAGAUACAGAUAUUCUUGUCAUUAUGGCUGAAUGACUGAUAAACUGGUGUUUUCCUAUAUUGGUAUGAGAUCCAUUAUCUGGAAGCUCUUUAUCCAGAAAGCUCUGAAUUUUAGAAGGGCCAUCUCCCAUAGACUUCAUUUUAUUCCAAUAGUUAGUAGUUUAAAACAUAUUCCUUUUCCUCUGAAAUUAUAGAACAGUAUCUUGUACUUCGUCGCUACUAAGAUAUAAUUAAAGGAGAAGGAAAGGUAAAAACUAAGUAAGCUUUA